AGAGAAGGGGUAAAAACGUAAAAUGAAAAGAGUUUAGGGUUUGUACAAGGGUAUAUAAUUGAGGGCAUUGUAUGUAUCUUCCUGUUUAACCCUCGAAGGCUCGAACACUCUCAUUCGUUGCCGCCGCUCACUAGUUGCUGCAACUCUCUCAUUAAUCAUGGCGGAACAGACCGAGAAGGCGUUUCUGAAGCAGCCCAAGGUGUUUCUCUGCUCGAAGAAGUCAGGAAAGGGAAAGAGGCCUGGAAAGGGAGGAAACCGUUUCUACAAGAGCGUUGGUUUGGGAUUCAAGACUCCCCGAGAGGCUAUCGAAGGUACCUACAUAGACAAGAAAUGUCCCUUCACUGGAGAUGUCUCUAUCAGGGGCAGAAUUCUUGCUGGCACUUGUCACAGUGCAAAGAUGAUGAGAACUAUCAUUGUUCGCCGUAACUACCUUCAUUAUGUCAAGAAAUAUCAGAGGUAUGAGAAAAGGCAUUCAAAUAUUCCAGCUCAUAUAUCUCCUUGCUUCCGUGUCAAAGAAGGAGACCAUGUCAUCAUUGGACAGUGCAGGCCUUUGUCCAAGACUGUGAGAUUCAAUGUCUUGAAAGUGAUCCCAGCAGGGUCUUCUGGAGGUGGCAAGAAGGCUUUUACUGGAAUUUGAGCUGUGUUGGGUCUUUUAUUUAGUUUUAUAGUAUUUGGAGAGAAUGGCUGUUAGAGACUCUGUUUAGGUGGAAUCCUCCCCCUAAGGGCCGAGUUACUCUUUGAAAGUUGAAAUUUUUGUAUGUGACCAAUUAAUGAAUUUCCUGUCAAGCAUGUUACAAGAUCUGUUUUGAAUUA